CCAACCCAAACAAGCAGGAAACAGGAAAUGUUCACGUUUCAGGGAGGCUGAAGCCAGCAAAGCAUCGUGCCGGACGGAGGGAGAGCAGAAGCAAGCAAGCUGACAUGAAGUCUCCCCGUGCUGCCCUCAUCUUUGCCCUGAAUAUCAUGCUCCUUCCCACUGGCCCGGCUCAGGAUUUUCCUGAAACAGAACAAUCAGCAGAUAUACCCCAGGAAGUGGAAAGUACAGCUGAAGAUACUACUAUUAUAAAUACAAUUACUACAGUGACCUUAGAAACGUUAUUUGAAAAUAUGAAUUCUACCCUCUUUGAGGAAGAGGAUAAGCAGCUAGAGUUUAUAUUAAUGGUAUUGAUCCCACUGAUUCUAUUGGCCCUCCUACUCUUAUCAGUGGUACUCAUUGUAAUAAAGUAUAAAAGAAAAAAAGCUAAACAAGUGCCUUCUAGCCAAGGAUCUCAGAGUGCUUUACAGACAUAUGAACUGGGAAGCGACAACUUGAAAGUCCCUAUUUUUGAGGAAGACACACCCUCUGUUAUGGAAAUAGAAAUGGAAGAGCUUGAUAAAUGGAUGAACAGCAUGAAUAGAAAUGCCGACAGUGAAUGUUUACCCACUUUAAAAGAAGAAAAAGAAUCAAACCACAACCCAAGUGACAAUGAAUCCUAAAAAUGAAUGGUGCUAAUGUUUUCCAAGAGAAGCAGCCCGGGAGGGAGACUGCUGGGCCUGCCAACAGAGGAUGAAGAGGAUACAAAUUUAAUGAAUUUCAGAUCAACAUAGACACAAGAACCUUUUGCUGUUUCUUCCAACACCCACUGUUCCUAUUGAUGGCAUCACCUGUGCUUGGAAGAAUGUGCGAUUGAGAAGUAGGAGGAAAAAGCCUGGCUGACGUUCCUCGCUGAGAGUGGAGGAGCCAUAGGAUACAUUCGCCUGUCAUCAGUGGGUGUUCCUUCCUCUCAGCCAGCCUCUAGCUGACUGCUCUCACUCUGGCCAUGCUCUCUACGUCCUUAUUACCUUUCUGCUUCGGUCCUCAGGGUUUAAAUCAGGCAGCUGUUUUAUCUACGGUUUUCUUCUAGGUCACCUUGUUACCUAAUUAGCUGUGGAUAAUUUCCUCUGAUUAGUAAAGUCCUUUGAUAGGUCAACUGCAUUCAGCAGGAACUUGUCUCAAGGCCAGUAUGUCAUGGAAAAGACAGCAAACAAAGCAAGCGUUUGACUGUAUGUAUACACCAUUCCAGGAGCUUGAUAAGCUCAUUUCUACCUGCCAAGAAGACACGGUGAGAGUCCACAGUCCAGAGGAGAUGUUGUUUGGUGACUUGUGGACUCCGAGUUGGUUAGAUCCAGUCACCUGUGAGAACUUCUCAGAGGAAUAGGAACCUUCAGUAAAAGAGCAAAUGUUUUCCUUCACCUACUUGUUCACAUUUCCCCAAAGCUCAUUCUUGUUCUCACCACAGCUCCCUAGCAUGUGGUAUGUGGGUAGGGAGUGUGCAUAGGUGAGGGGUCGUCUAUCAUCCUUGUAUGUGUCUGAAACUUUUAAGGUCAUUUGAAACAAAACAUAGAAAUAGGAAAUAUCUGUGCCUGUGGCAGAUGUCACUUAUCGAACUCAGUAUUCUUUCCUGCCAAGCUGGGACAAGCCUCAUGUCCUCUUCAACACAGUUCUUGAGGAGGUCACUAUCAGCCCAUCAGAGAUGACAUUAUCCUUGAUAUCUGCAUGAUAUUUUUUGAUGUCCUUGUGCUAGAAGAAAUGGCGCAAAAUGCAGAAGGUCCUGAUUAUCACUCCCACUCACGUAAACUCAAUCUCCAUUUAAUCCUUAAUUUUCUAAUUCUGACCUUUAAAGCAAUCUAGGAUAUGGGAGGUCCUCAGGUCUUCUACAACACCUGGUAUUUUAUUCCAGUAAAGAAACAGAGAAUGGAAACCUUAUUUAUUUUACUACUUCACAUAUAAACAGAGGGGAGAUGAGGUUCACCAAACAUUUGCUGGUAGAUUUUGGGUCUUGUGUUUGACAGGCUGCCUUAAUGCCUGACAAAAACUGCCGCCGCCUCCCUUUCAGAAUCCGUUUAGCUAGCAUUUGUCUUCUGAACUAUGCCCAUAAUUUUAAAGGCAGAGUUCCAAAUCAGGGAGGUCUUUCCACACCAUGAAAGAUAGAACUGUCUGGUUGUGUUUAACCACUGCUAUUAUGUGAUCUUGAUGCUGCACACAGCUUUGGCAAACGACAGCCUUUGUGAUAUCAAACUUCAACAGGUUUAUCUGUCAUAUUCUCAUUAGGAUGUCCUAAUAUGGCACUUUUGUUUCCACUGCUGUUUUGCAUGCUCAUAUUCAAUUUGUGGUCCCCAGUGACUCUCAGAUAUGUAUGCCAAAAUUGCCACUUUCUGAAUCAUCAUUUCUGCCUAUUCGGUUAUUUUAAGUUUGUUUCUCAUCAACAUUUUGACUCUUGGAAGAGUCUCAGCUUCUUUUUUCUCUCUAGGUGGCUAAGAUUUUUGCUGAACACUCAGGCCUAUGAACUUCACCCAACAUUACCAAACAAUGGACUUUAUAAGUUCUGAGAAAUAAAAGAGGUCUUGGAAUCUCACUUUGAUAAAGCAAUAUUUUAUAUGGUAAAAGCAGUAUUUAAAAUAACUUCAAAUUCCAGAAGAAGCAAACUUCAGUCACCUAUUAUUGAGUUUAUAUCUGAAAAAUAUACUAACCUCUAUAAUCGCACAGUGUACAAGGCACUUUUUAAAAAGAUAGUUCAUUCUGGCAAAGCUCUAUGAUAUUAGCAUUGGUCAAAAAGUCAAGGGUCAAGUCUAGCACUGUGUAUGUUUUUUAUUAUUAUCCAGUCAAUAGACAUCAUAGAUUUAUGAUAAUUUCAAGGAUUUUUGAAAACCAAAACUUAAUUUUAUGUUUCAGAUGAUCACUAGUAAACAUCUCAUUCAUUCGUCCUAAUUGGAUAGCCAGUCAGAGGAAAAUCUGACUUUAGAAUAUUUUGAAGAUAAACAUUUUAUUGCAUUUUUGUACAUUUUAAGCAUACUAGGUUAACACGAUUGCUUAGUUGAACUCCUCAGGAAACUUGUUUUAAUAAACAUGUAAAAAUAUCUAUCUUAACUCAAAUGGGAAGGUCAUUGUCAUCCCAAUACAAGCACACAGCAUAGAUCAACCUUGAUACCCAUGGGGUAGCAGAUGCUGCAGCUGAUCACCCUUGUAGCUCUAGCCAUGUAAAUGAGUACUUUAAAAAAAUUUUUUUGUUUAUUCUUUUAUUUUGGUUGUUUAUGCCAUCACUUUGCACCAGCUCCGGAAGAAGGCCCUUAUGUUGAGUAAACAUAAAAUGUGGAUUUAAGUUUCAACUUCUGUCUUAAUUAGUACGAAUUCUGAAUACAGUGGAGUGAGAUAAGACAUGGUUUCACACUGGGAUGGCACUGCUGAAAUUCUCAUCGUGGGGAAAACAUUGAAAUUUUCUACAGAAUAAAUUUACACAUGAUACACUUUCACACUCAGAAGACAACUCAGGAUGAAUGCUGGGGUUUUUAUUUAGUAUCUACAACAGGCAGUCAGAGUACCUUCACUUGUAGACUAUAUUUCUUCAAUCUUAAAUAACCAGAAGAGUCACUGUAUAAUAGAGUGGAGUGAAAUUAGUCAAAUUGGUAAUUAAUAAUUGCAUGACCCAAACAACCAAUAGCCUGAAGAAUUAUAAUUAUUAUUAUAAUUAUUAUUAUUAUUUUAUCAUUAUUUGAGCAGCUCUUUUUCCUUGCCUUGAUACUGUCUUGUCUGGCCCACCAAUUUUAUUUUCCUUUUAGUCCUCUUGGGGUUGGUUAUUUGUAGAUACCUGGUGGGUUUUGUUUGUUUUGUUUUUUGCCCUAUUAUCUUUUCUAAAUAAUAUGUCAUGUUUAUGAAACAGCAGUCCAUACAAUUAUAAAAAAUAAAACUUUUUCUUUUAUAAACUCUGCAGAUGCUCUAAGCUCUUUUUGAAAUGGUAUUUUAAGAAGUUAAAUUACUAAGCCAAAGUGCUUACAAUAACAUAAAGACUUUAAUUUCAGUUCCGUAAAAGAUUAGAAAUACAAUGUUGAACUAUUUAAGGUAACCAAAGGCAGCUAGAUAUUUUUUGUUGUUGUUUUGUUUUGUUGGUUUUUUUUGGUUUUGUUUUUUACAAUUAGAGUUCAGGUGCAGAGGGCUCUGUUAUCAUACUCCUGAGUUCACAUCACAUUAUCAUCAUUGGUGUUUGGUACUUUAUCAAUAAGUAAUUGGACUUUUUACAAAAAAAGCAUAUUCUUCACAUUUUUCACUUCUUUUGUCAGCAUGGAAAGGACUAAAUGAGUGAUAUGUGGAUAUUACAAAUAGUAAGCAACAUGUAAAGAUCAGAGUGAGUAAUCAUUAUAUGACUCUGACUUCAGUGAAACCCCUAAAAUUAUAAAUAACAUCUGGAACAUAUGAAAACUCUGCAUGUUUAAUAAAUUUCAGCUUUCAGAAAGGGCAAGGACUGUAGUUAUUCAAUAAGUUAAAAAGUAAUCUGGUAGAUCAAUAAUAAUUUAAUAUGUGUGUAUCUUGCUUUUAAAGUUAAGCGAGAAUAAUGUAAAAAAACAACAAAAAACAACCACUGUAUUAGACCCUCCUUUUACAAUCAAUAAUGUAAAGUAUUUCCUCAGGGGAUCAGUAAGAUCAUCAGUUGUCAUAUUUAUCACUUGGCGUUUGUCCCAGCAACAUAUAAAUUCUACUUUGUAACCCCAUAUAAGAAACAGUCCCAUCGCUGCUGAUUAGAACUGACUUGCAAAAGUAUCCAAGUUUUAACACUGAUUGAAAGCUUCAGGUUUUUUCUUCUAACUUGAAUGUUAAAAUAUAUAUAAUAAUAUUUUUCCUUUAUCACUUAGGGCUUUAUAAAUGUCAGGUAUACAUGUAUAUAUGUGUGUAAAUUAUUCUAUUGUCAGCUGCAUGGCUUUUGUUUUUUGUGUUUUUUUUUAUAAAAAUGAGUACCUGUUUAUAUGCUAAAUUAUUCAUUCAGCAUUGAUAGACUGAAAAGCAUUUCUAAAUUUAAUUUAAAAAUAAAGCAUUAUAAGGUAAGAGGAAAGACUAUUUUCCACGUUAGUUUCUGUGUAAUUAAUGUAUAUCAAUAUUAGAAUAAAUAUUUAUUUGAAGGUAAGACAUUUAUUUACUAAAAUGCUAAUGACUAAGAAAAGGGGUGAAUUAUGCAUCUUCCUACAGCAAAAUUAUUUUAACGUCUAUGACUGAAAAAGAAGAAUUGAUACCUUCAUAAUUGCAUUCUUUUGAUCCAUAUGCCUCUUUAAAUAAAUGAAGCGAUACCAAUUCAAAAAGUUCUUAUAGAACUGGACCUGCUUUAUACAAAAUUGUCCAGACUAAAAAUUAAUUGGAUUUUCUGCAUAUCUAAAAGAUAUUAUG